UGUCACUGCUGAUUCCCUCACGAUGAGAGAUUCAAAAAGAGACAGAACCUGGGAAGAGCAUGAGAGGGCGCAGGCAAGAAGGCAACGUUGGAGGCCUGCAAAGAUUUGCUUGUCUCUCAUACAAUCUGUAGGACGGUUCCAUCUAUGAAAGAGUAGUGCUUGAAUGUGCUUUUUAGAAGAGAUGAGGAACUAAUUGAAGGGUUGCUUCGAGAAACAGGUUUCUGAGUGGCCGCCUGUCGGGGACAUGUUAGCCUUCUGAACGGCUAGAUAUGGCCGCAAGCGGUCACUUGCUUCUCAACAGCCAGGCUUUUAGUUGCUGGAGCGGGGCCACUCUCGCUGGCCCCAACCAGGUUCGUUUUCCGGACGGCAUCCGGACAGUGCAAGCUGGUCUGAAUCUGAGCAAGCAACGUGCGUGUAGGAGAUGCUGUGGGAGAGAGUCUGGUCCGAGAUUGAGUUCGACUUUGGAGAGGCUGCAUGGGGCAGAUGCAAGGCAAGGUGUCUCUAGUUGGAUUGCAGAGAUAGCAGAGGUUUCGAGCAGGCAAUGGAGGGCAAAGAGGGGUCGUGUCGCGGCAAGCACCGCCUCUGCCGCUACGUCGGAACCUGUUGCAGCCCCCUCUACUUCAGGCUCCACUCUCCUCUUCAACAAAGACCAGGUCCUCGAACGGCUGAGCAACAACGUGCACCCAAAAGCGCAGAGCACGUACAAGGCCAUGUACAGCAGCGUCCUGGGGGGCAUCGUGACCGACCCGGCCCUCAUGUUCAUCCCCCUGGACGACCACGGGUUCCACCGGGGGCACGCCGUCUUUGACACGGCCGAGAUUUACGGCGGUUUCCUCUACGGCCUGGACCCCCAUCUGGACCGCCUCAUUAGCAGCGCCAGCAAGGCGGGGAUACCCCUGCCGUACCAGCGGCCCCAACUAAAGCAGCUUCUAAUAGAUACGGUAGCGGCGUCCGACAGCUGGCAAGGCCAGCUGCGGUACUGGGUAACGGCGGGGCAGGGGGGCUUUAACCUCUCCUCAAAAGAGUGCAUUAGAUCAAACCUUUAUGCGGUGGUUAUCUCGGAACGAAAAGACAUGGACGCCAUUGCCGCCAGAGGCGUUCGAGUGAUCACGUCCCAAAUCCCCAUCAAGGCCCCCCAGUUCGCGACGGUCAAGUCCACCAACUACUUGCCCAACGCUCUUGUUAUGCAAGAAGCGGAGGCCGCCGGCGUCGAUUAUGCCAUCUGGCUGGACCAGGAAGGACUGGUUGCGGAAGGGCCCAAUAUGAACGUAGCGUUUGUAAACGACGAGGGCGUGCUUCUCGUACCCGCUUUUGAUAAGAUUUUGCCCGGCAUCACCAUCCGCAAGCUGCUGUCGCUAAAGGAGGGCCUCACCUCCCCCGGCAACUCCCAAAACUGCGUCGUGGUGCGGGACCCCUCCGCGGGCCCUGCCAGCCAAGAACUGAGCCAGGAGCUCUGUCCCACGACGGAAAACGGCUCCACGACAGGGCCUAUCCUGAAGGCAGUCAGGGUGGGACCGGUAACGGUAGACGAGGCGCGGAAAGCGAAGGAAAUGAUGCUCAUAGGCAGCGGGGUGCUCGUCCUGCCGGUGGUGGAGUGGGACGGACGGCCGGUGAACGACGGCGUACCUGGACCCAUUGCAAUGCGGCUUAGGCAAAUACUGCACGCGGACAUGGAAGGAGGCCUUCCGGGAGAUCGGAUACAAGUGCCUUACAUAGAACCACCUGCACUUUAGGAGACUGUACAUAUUGGGUUCCGCUUCACAGACUCUCGACCUCUGAUUUUUGCGAGGAUAUAAGGCUCUAUCACAGUUGCUGCUGAGCAAUUUAAUUGGAAGUCAACCGAGAACAUGCAUUCAAGUCGGCAAGUUUAGAUCAUGCUCACGCAGAUUGUUUGGAUCACGUGCCGAUGGCAUUGGAUGUCGGGUGCUUGAAGUGUGGACCAUGACACUCAAAUUGAUGGUACGUGACGGCCUGAUACCGGCCGCCCGCUUUGAAAUCAAGCUUGAAUAUA